CGACCCGCCUACGGCGCCCGCGAAGCGGCCUUCAGUUGGCUUCUACGCAACGCUUGGGAUACGGCGCUAGGGUUGUCGCGCUCCCAAUCAGCCGCCGUCGCUCCCGCUCCUCCCCACACCGUCGCUGCCUCUCCUCCCCACACCGGCGGCUUCUCAGGGUUGCCGCACGAACGCCGACGUCGCAGCUCCGUCCUCAAGCCUUCUCCCCGUCACGUCGUCGUCUGAGCAGAUUACCCCAUCAAUUAGGAUUGUAGGACUUCGGUACCAACCUCCACUGAAGCUAAGAUGUGUGACCCUUAUGAACACACAUAUGAUGAUGAAAUGGAUGCACACACAUCUGAUGAUGAAAUGGAUGCACACACAUCUAAUGACGAAACAGAUGGAGAAAUGCUUGUUGCUCUUUAUGCUGUUGACAUUUGGGGCAGGCAUUUCAGUCGGGCUCCUAGAAGAACAUUGGUCGAAUCUGGUAUUCAAUGGGUUCAAAGAACGUUGGAGAUUAGUAACGACUGUUUUGACAUGUUUCGGAUGCGAAGAACUGUUUUUCGACGAUUGCAUGACACGUUGGUACAAAAUUAUGGUCUGCUUCCAAGCAGGGGUGUCAGUACUAUGGAAGCUCUUGGCAUAUUCUUGUGGGCAUGUGGGGGUCCACAAUCGUUUAGGCAGAUCAGAAAUAAAUUUGGUCACUCAUUGGAAACAAUUAGCCGCAAGUAUAGUGAUGUCCUUAAUGCACUUUAUAAGAUGUCAUCUGACACAAUCAAGCCAAAAGACCCACAUUUUGUCGAGAUUCAUCAUCGUUUGCGAGAGGCGAGGUUUUGGCCACACUUCAAGGACUGCAUAGGCGCAAUAGAUGGUAGUCACUUCCCAGCGGCAGUCCCGGCUUCGGAACAAGCGAAAUAUAUUGGCCGACACGGUUACACGUUGCAGAAUGUAAUGGCCGUAUGUGACUUCGAUAUGAGGUUCACAUUUGUGGUGACAGGAUGGCCAGGUUCCGUACAUGACACAAGAGUACUACAAGAUACUUUAAUAACUUAUGCGGACAGGUUCCCCCAUCCACCGGAAGGUAAAUACUAUCUUGUCGAUUCGGGUUAUCCAAAUAGAAAGGAGUACCUUGCAUCUUAUAAGGGUCAGAAGUACCACAUUACGGAAUGGCAAAAUGCGAGGCAACCUAUUGGGAGUAAAGAAGUUUUCAACUAUGCGCACUCAUCCCUACGAAAUGUUAUUGAGCGAUCAUUUGGGGUGCUAAAAAUGAAGUGGAGAAUUCUAUUAAGUCUCCCUUCAUUUUCGCUUGAGAAACAAUCGAAGAUAAUUAUUGCAUGUAUGACACUGCAUAACUUCAUUAGAGAUAGUGCUCUACACGAUAGAGAUUUUGAUGAAGUAGGACCUAAUAGCCUAAGUCAUGAUCUACCUGCAGGUGAGAGUAGUACUAGCACAUCUGAUGAGUUAGACAUGAGUGAUUUUCGAGAUGCAAUUGCAAAUGCAUUAGUGUCGUAGUUAACUUAGUGCAAUUGUAACGGUACUUAUGAUGUAAUCAACUCCACUAAUUAGUUUGUAAUCAACUUUA